AUGCAGAGAAAGACCCCAAAAGACAAACCAAAUGAUCCACCAAAAGAAUUAUCAAAACCUACAAAAAGACUUACAAAAAGUCCUAUUAAAGACAACCAAAAAAUCAAUCAAAAGGCCUGCCAAAAAUACUCACAAAUAAUUGCUGCAAGAACUGCAAAGAGAGUGAAAAAUUGAAGAAGUGCAAAUGAAAUAAGAAGAAAACCUGUAGGAAGGAUAGGAAUAAGAGUAAAAAGAGAAGGAAAAGAAAAGCCCGACCAAUAA